AUGCGAGAGAGUGUGCAGAUGAUGGGUUGUGAGGGUAUGAUGAGAGCAAGAGGAAUAGCAGAGAUCGGCGUAGAUCAGCGCGGGGAAGCGGUGACGAGCUCGAGUUGCUUGGUGGUGGACAGGCCCGCUCAGGUCACACGCCAAUUCAAGACUGUCUCGAAGACUUCUUCGAGCUUUGGCUGCCAAAGGCGAUCUCGACUUGGCCGCUGUCGUCGGACGUCAUUGUUGCAGCAGAUACGAGUGUACACCCUGCACUGCCAUUGUUACGCUUCCCAACCUCAGCAACUCCCACCAACCUUCCGGCUAGGACGAAAGGCAGCAUCUCGCAUUCAGUUCAUCCCUCGCCGUCGGAACUAUCCCUUCGCCAACACCCACACAGCACUCGCAAUGAUCAUUCCAAUUCGCUGCUUCUCAUGCGGCAAGGUCAUCGGCGACAAAUGGAAUGCCUACCUUGCCCUCCUUCUCGACGGUCGCACCGAGGGUGAAGCAUUGACAGAGCUCGAUCUCAAACGAUACUGCUGCCGCAGGAUGGUCUUGACGCACGUUGAUCUCAUCGAAAAGCUCCUCCACUACAACAUCCACGAGCGCAGAGUUCAAGCAUGA